AUGAAAAUAUUCUUAUUUAUAAAACCAAUCACAGUCUUUGUAUCUGUUUCUUUUUCUUUUUCUUUAGCUACCAACUUAAUUGCAAUAUAUUUAGUGAUUACCAAAUCACCUCAAAAAAUUGGCAGCUAUAAGUAUUUACUAUGCUCGUUUUCUAUACUAUCAAUGAUUUUUGCUUUGCUGGAACUAUUGGUUUCACCGUAUGUUUAUACAAACGCAGUCAGUAGUAUUACAGUGAUGGACUUGAGAGAUAGCAUAUUUGAAUUAUACCCUUCAUUUGGAAGAAUUCUGAUUGUUUGUACAAUGGGACGUUUUGGAGCAAGUUUUUACACGGUUGCAAUUAAUUUUAUCUAUCGAUAUUUUGCACUAGAACGAGCUGGCCGACUUCGCUAUUUUCAAGGGAAGAUGUUAAUUAUUUGGUUAGCAACACCAAUUGCCGUGGGUAUAAUUUCUGCAUUAUCAGGCUUGGCACUACGUUCAGAUUCAGAGUUAGCAAACUAUUGGAGACCUAUUCUAAAUGAUUCGUUUGAUUUUAAUAUUGAUAAAGCAUCAUUUAUCAUUUUCUCAUACUGGAUAACUGUAAAUGGGGCAUCUUCUUUAAACGUUCGUGAUUUUGUCUGUACCUUGUGUCUCCACGCGUUGACUAUUCUUCCUUUUAUCAAUAACAUACUGCGGUUCCAAAACUUAUACAAAAAUCAAGGAACUUAUAUCACAAGGAGAAAGUGAAUAUUCUAAGAAGCUUCAGCUGCAACUCUACAGGGUAUUGGUGGCCCAGAGCAUUCUCCCCAUGAUUUUUAUAUUCAUUCCCGGAGGACUAUUUAUAAUAUCGCCCUCUCUAAGAAUCAAUAUGGAAUGUUUAAGUCGUCCGAUGACAAUUAUGACCCCCAUCUACCUUGCCCUGGAUCCUAUUCCUAUUCUAUUUUUAGUUGAUGAAUACAGAAAUGCAAUAUUGAACUUUCUGCGGAGGACUUUUUCGAAAAAUCAAGUGGUUCCAGUGUCCGUGCACAACUCUGUUCAUGAAGUUAGCUGAAU